UGGUUUCACAGCUGAUUUCCUGUGGCAAUGUUUAUGUCAGUUUCCCGAAGCGAUCGGUGAAUAUGAAACCCUAACGGAGAGGGCAGAAGACGGGCUCCGAGCUGAGAUGGCCGAGUCCAACGCAGUCCCGGUGCAAGACGAGAACAACUGCCCCAUUAAAGUGGACCACGAUCGCAAAAAGCGACAGUUCGAGGUCCGGUUGAACGGAUCACACGAGCGGGCAGUGCUCUUAUACGAGUACGUGGGAAAGAAAACAAUCGAUCUGCAGCACACAGAGGUUCCUGAUGCAUACAGAGGAAGAGGAAUAGCAAAACUAAUGGCGAAGGCUGCCCUGGACUUUGUGGUUGAGGAGGAUCUCCGAGCUCACCUGACCUGCUGGUAUCUCCAGAAGUACAUCAAAGAGAAUCCACUGCCGCACUAUGUGGAGCGAAUACAGCAGCGAGCACCAACAGAUUUCCAACUUCACUAGGAUCCCUGGAGGUUCUGGCUGCAGUGAUCAUUGUUACAAACUUGAUUUUGUUUUUCUUUUCUUCUUUUUUGAGGGAGGCAGCAGCAGGGAAGUUAUAUUAAUUAUCUGCGUGCAAUUUUAAAUGCACGCAUGUAUUGCGGGUUUGGAAAGAGAGCAGAUAAUAUUUUGUAAAUGUAGGAGGCUUGUGUAUUUACUUUGUAGAAUGUACCCCCCCACUUCUAGCAGCUGAUGGACUCCUGACUUUGUACACAUGGGAUUUCAUCCUCAGUGAGAUUGCUGAAGAAUCAAUCCCUUUCCAACUGACUCAGGAAGUAUCUACAAGACAGGAUAUUACUCAGUUACAGAUUCAAUGCGAUGGAUUAGACAAAGGGAUUAACCGUUCCAUACUUUGCUCAGCAAAAAGCUAAAUGUUUCAUUUUGUAAUUCUUCUUAGUGCUUUCUUGUUCAGCGUGUAUGGCGUUGAGCAUAUGUAUUUCCCACAAGCCUCAAUUUCACCCAUCUACCCUCUUCAAUAUCAAGACUGAGUCCAAGCUAACAGGGUUAACUGUCAGAUUAGAGGACACUGCCAAGGCUAUAAAACAGCAGGAGGGGACACCUAAAUAAAUCUACAAAUUAUGGAUAGGCGAGACUAGACUUGGAUCUUAUGGAUCUAGGCAGAACGGAAGGUUAAGGAAGUUGAAGAAGAGAAAGAAUGGUUGGAAAAGCAUGGGAAGCAGAUUGAUGGAUAUAUUGAGCAUCAGGGCUUAGAAGGUCUGCCUUUUAAAAAUACCUCCAAGGCAAGUUUUGGGCUUGCAACAGGGCCAAGAAAGUGGCUACGUCUGCAAAACAUAGCAAACUUCCAAAGAAAAACUUUAAAAAGAGCUUUGAUAUUAAGUGUAAAGACUAAUCAACUGAUCUCCCCAUGCAGAUAAGUCAAAGAGUUGCAUUGUCGCUUUCCCACUUCUUGUCAUUCCUUGGCUUCAUGGAUCUGGAUAUAUUUCUGCUGCUGGCCACUUCUUAGUGUUUCAGAAAGAUAACAGCAACAUGUAUUUAAUUAAAACAUUUGUCCGCGAAGCUGCCUUGAGAGAGUGAGAGAAGAGAGCGUUUGAAUAAUCAGUUCGUGCACUCCAACCCUAGGAAAACAGGAGCCUCUCUGAAACCCCUCCUAUACCAAUGUAAAAUGCUGGCAUUUAGGGCGUGACCACGUAGGAGGUCAAGUUUAUGCAAAAUGGGAACAGUGACAAGCUUUGCAUUUAUGUAAUGCCUUCUGCUGUCAAAGGUGUCCUGGUGCUUUGCAGAGGCACAUCAGACACCUGUCUAUUGAGGACUAAAGGUUAAUGAGAAUUUCUAAUUAAAAUGAGACAUUUAAAGAAAGAUCUUGCUUUCAUUAAGCACAUUUUGCUACUUCUGGAUUCAGAGCCAAUGAAAUGCAUCUGGAGAUACAGUCACUGUUGUCGACAGCCAAUGUGUUCACAGCAAACUCACACAAACAAUUACAAUAUAAAUUGUCGGGGUUUUUUUUGUGAUGUUGAUUGAGUGAUAAAUAGGAUACCAUCAAGAAUGAUACAGAUUUUCUGUAGGUGCUUCUUCCACCAGACUCCCAACCAUAACUCUGAGUCAGAAGGUCAUGGGUUCAAUUGCCAUGCCUGACACUCCAGUGCAAUACUGUAGUCAUGCUGCACUGUCAGAGAUACUGCCUUUGAUGAGAAGUUGGACUGAGUCACCAUUUUGCCCUCUUAAAAUGAAUGUAAAAAUUUCCCCAGCACUUCUCCUGGGUUAGCAUUUAUCUCUCAGCCAGCAUUACUGAAAACAAAUCAUCGGCUCAUUAUCAUUCUGCUGUUUGUGGGAGCUUGCUGUGCAGAAAUUGGCUACAUUUCAAAAUGUACUUAAUUGGCCGUAAAAUACUUUGAGAUGAACUGAGGUUGUGACAAGUGCUGUGCAAAUGCAAAGUCUUUUUAAAAAAAAUUCGAACAUUUAUAACUUUGAAUGCCCGCAUCAUUCUGAUUCUGGACAAUAAUGGAGUCUUUCUGCAUCACUUUUUUUUUAACUUUCUUGCUUGACUGUAACUUGUUACCCAGAGGAAGCUGGAUCAGUCCUAUGAACUGAAACAGCUCCUCUCAUUAGCCAAGCCCUGUCAGCCUAACAAAGGGAGAGGUUUAAUUGAGGCUCUUUGAUUAACCAGGUUGUCUGAUUGUUCUUCCCGGAGAGGGCUCUAGUUAAUGACAGUCCCUGACCAGCAACACUUACCUUCAAAAGAAAUCGAACAAAGAUUGUGGAUUAGCAUAAUUCUCGUCCUGGUUUUUCACUGUACCUAUCCUGUUUAAAUUGUUUAAUUAAUUGGCAUCACAGAGGAGAACAGGUCAGAAACAAAUGAAGAGGCCUCAACGUCCUGGGGGACCAGACCUUUGUAAAAUCAAGAACACAGCCAAAACAUUAAUGUCGAACAUGUUAAACCACUGAUAUGAGGUGUCACUGUCCUCCAGUUUAAUGAAGGCAAUAGCACCUAACUACCCCCUCCAGAACCACACCCCACCCCCCAACAUUUGGUUAACUCCUUCUGAAUAAAUCAGCAUUUGUCACAGCAGUGUUCAUAACUCUUUAAACUCUAAUUAUUACAUUGUUAACACUGCAGUGUGGUCUAACUCAGUCUUGGGUCAUUUUGUUGAGGAAAACCCUGACUAUGCAUCCUGCCCAAUAUUAGUCUUCACUGAGGUUCCUGUUGCAAUUGUGUAGGAGGCAGAAUGGGCUGUUAAACUGGUACUCCUUCAGAUUCCACAGCUUCCUUGUUCAGUGGGUUGUGUUAAAAUGACUGGCCGUAUGUAGCUCAGUAGAUGUGGCCCUUGGAUCUCCUGACUGCAUUCCUCGGAAUUGAGCUCACUGGAGUUGGAACAGUGCCACUGGAAGAAGCAGCACUUGCUCACAGGGCUGUCAAACUUGCAGCAGCCUGUAUUACCAGCUGGUGCUACAACCUUGUUCACAACCCAGACAGGCUCAUACUCUGUCCUAUCACUGUCUCAGGGAUCCAGUGGUCCAGGUGAAGGGUCCCAUAGCCCUUCUCGGAUCCUGAAGCUCAAUCUAAAGCAAUCUGUCCCAUGCAGCAGCUCAAAAGAGUUCAAGUGUAGGAGAUAAGGUGUAACCUAAUUGGAGUGACAAAUAUAAUUCAUGGGGGUGGGGAAGAGGAACACUUUCCUCUUGUGAGGUACAGCCUUAAAAUUACAGUGAGAUCAUUGGGGCAGGGGGGGUGUUGGCAAUGGCAGACACUAUUCUUCACACAAGAAGGGUCAUGGGAAUCCAUUGUUUGUUCCCUCCAGAAAACUAGUGAAGCUGGGGGAUCAAUUGCAAGCUUUCAAAACUAAGAUUCACAAAUUGUGUUGGCAUUAGAUGCUGAUCAGCGAUGAUCUAAUUGAAAGGUGGAUAAGGGCUGAUAGGAUGAGUGGUGUCGUCUGUUCCGAAAGAUUACCUUCCCCCUCCUGAGUCUUUAAUACCAGCUGUCAACCUUAAUACUCUGUUUAACCUUGUACUCUAUGGUAAUGCUGUGUUAACAUUCUCUGUGGAGAGAUGGGUCCACUCUCCUGUUUGAUACUAUACUUUCAUUGUAAACUCUUUUGAGUGGUAUUUCUGAACUUUUAUGUAUCUUUUAUGCACAGAAUCCAAUUAUUUAGUCUUUAGUUUACAGAGAAAGCAAUAAAUUUCUAGCAAACAGCAUCAGA